AUGGAAGCAAAAAGCUUCAUUUUAUCGUUGUUGCUGCUCGUGCUGGGCUUGGUGCUGGAGAAAAACUACACCCAUGCAUUUACCGCCAGCCGCCUCCAGCAUCACGUCCUUCAACUAGACUGGCCCAAAGAUUGUGGCCUGGCUCACUUCAAACCAAACACAGCAGAACGUAUUGUAUCAGGCAAUGAGGCCAGACCUCACUCCUGGCCAUGGCAGGUUUCACUGCAGGUUCGUCCCAGAGGCAGCAGACACUAUGUUCAUGUGUGUGGUGGGACUCUGAUCCAUAAAAACUGGGUGCUUACUGCAGCUCACUGUUUUCAGAGGGGGAAAGCCGAAGACUUGGGAAAUUGGCGUAUUGUGUUGGGCAAGCACAAGCUAAAAAAGUCUGAAUCAGCUGAACGCAUUUUUCCUGUGAAGAGAAUUUACAGACAUGAGCAUUUUCACUAUCCAGCACACAGUGAGCUGGACUAUGACAUAGCCCUGGUUAAAGCAGGAGCUGACAUCCUGCCCAGCAACUUCAUUCGUUACGCCUGCCUGCCGCGCAAGCAGACAAAUCUGAGACCAGGCCAUUACUGCUGGGUGACCGGCUGGGGAGACACACUAGGUGGGAAAGAGCAUGUGUCACUGGCUGAAGCAUUAAACCAGGCCCGUCUGCCCAUCAUUGACCACAAAACAUGCAGACAAAAGAAGUUCUGGGGAGAGCGUGUGACAGAAUUCAUGAUCUGUGCUGGUAUAAAAGACACAGAAGGACCUCCUGCUGCCUGUCAGGGAGAUUCAGGUGGCCCUCUAAUGUGUCAGCUGGACCAGGAUCGGUGGGAGGUACGAGGUGUGGUGAGUUUUGGCCCCAUUGGCUGUACGGUAGAGAAUAAGCCUAGUGUCUUCACCCGCACUGCUGCUUACAUCCCUUGGAUUGAAGCCACCCGCAUCAGGGAUUUCUUUCUGCAUUAAUUUUAGGGGCCUCAAUUUUCACCUAUGUAAAAAAAAAAGGCAGUGGCUGAGUCACUGUAACUCACACAUCAGGACUGGGACUAAUCUUAUACAUUUGCUCUUCUAUCUGUACUGCACUAUCCUGUCCUAGUGGAGCAGCCAGUCAUUGCCACCAAUGUUAGUCACUUUAGGACUACAGUAUAAGGACAAAAGUAUUGGGACACCCCUUCUAAUUCAAACAACAUAGGAUAACUGGUUUAAUAAAUCAAUUACAUAAAUAUGAACGUUAUCCUUCCAGCUUUGCAGUUCCAGCAGCAAUACAAAUGCUGUUUUGACUAAAUGGGCACAAAUGUCACUAUUUUAAUACCAUUUGUUUCUUAAAUGGGACCCCCAACAAGCUCAUGGUCAGGUGUCCAAAUACAUUUGGCCAUAUAAUGUUUGAAUAUGUGAUAACCUCCUGCAAUCAAUCAAUUCAACAACACAAAAAGUAUCAAUGUUUAAACUCAAUAAAAAUGAUUUGCUAAGAAACAAA